AUGCCAAAACAAGCAAUAGAUAUAGAGGAUCAUACAAAUCGUCCUGGUACUUUAGAUUGUGGACAUACUACAUUUAAUAACUAUGCAACAAAAAAAACUUUGGCUAAUAGCAGUUUUGAAUUAGCAUUACUUGUAACAAAUGCUGUUCAAUUGAAAACUCUUCUUGGUAAUAAAGCAAAUCAAGAUACACUUUGGUAUGUUGGUCUUGCACUUGUUUGUGCAUCCUUACUUAUUCAAGUUAUAAAUGCAUGUCUAUUGGUUUUAUUGGGUGCCAAUGAUAUAUCAAAAGAACGACAACAACAUCGUUUAAUAUCAUUAAAUAAUUUUUCACUUAUAUUAUCUGUUCUUUUAGCUAUUGUAAAUGUUGUUCUUAAUGUAAUUGUUGCUGUUGAUCCACAAAUUCUAGCACCAACAAUAAAUGGUACUAAAUCAGCUUAA